GGAGCGGAAGUGGGCGUGGCGUCCCUUUCCGGCCGGAGUGAGCGCGCGCGUGCAGCGUGCUCCAGAGGCAGCGCGUGGCGGGGGCAAGAUGGCGGACGGUGGCGCAGGAUCUGCCUCUAAGAAGCAGAAGAAGAAAAAAGAAAAGAAAUCUUUGCUAGAUGACGAAGUUGCUGAUAUACAACAUUCAGAAGACUUCCUUAUCAAGCCUGAAUCUAGGGUGGCUCAGUUAGACACAUCACAAUGGCCUUUGCUUCUCAAGAAUUUUGACAAGCUGAAUGUGAGGACCACGCAUUAUACUCCUCUUCCGUCUGGCUGUAAUCCCUUAAAAAGGGACAUUGCUGAGUAUGUAAGGACAGGCUUCAUCAACCUGGAUAAACCCUCCAAUCCAUCUUCCCAUGAGGUCGUGGCCUGGAUCCGUCGUAUCCUCCGCGUGGAGAAGACAGGUCACAGUGGCACACUGGACCCCAAAGUGACUGGUUGCCUGAUUGUAUGCAUUGAGAGAGCAACCCGUUUGGUCAAGUCCCAGCAGAGUGCAGGGAAAGAGUAUGUGGGAAUCGUUCGGCUGCACAAUGCAAUUGAAAGUGAAGGUCAGCUUUCAAGGGCAAUAGAAACUCUGACGGGUGCCCUCUUCCAACGUCCUCCACUUAUUGCUGCAGUGAAGAGGCAGUUGAGAGUCAGAACCAUCUAUGAAAGCAAAUUGGUUGAAUAUGAUCCAGAAAGAAGAUUGGGUAUCUUUUGGGUGAGUUGUGAAGCGGGGACCUAUAUCCGGACGCUGUGUGUGCACCUGGGCUUGCUGCUCGGGGUCGGAGGCCAGAUGCAGGAGCUUCGGCGAGUGCGCUCCGGAGUCAUGGGAGAAAAGGACCACAUGGUGACCAUGCAUGAUGUGCUGGAUGCUCAGUGGCAGUAUGACAACAACAAGGAUGAAACGUACCUCAGGAGAGUUAUCUACCCUUUGGAGAAGCUUCUGGUAUCUCACAAGCGGCUGGUGAUGAAGGACAGUGCGGUGAAUGCUAUUUGUUACGGGGCGAAGAUCAUGCUACCUGGAGUGCUGCGAUACGAAGAUGGCAUUGAAGUCAAUCAGGACAUUGUUGUGAUCACCACAAAAGGAGAGGCCAUCUGUACAGCCAUUGCCUUGAUGACGACUGCCGUGAUCUCGACCUGUGACCAUGGAGUUGUGGCAAAGAUCAAGCGGGUGAUCAUGGAAAGGGACACUUACCCGCGCAAGUGGGGGCUUGGCCCUAAAGCAUCUCAGAAAAAGAUGAUGAUCAAAGAAGGCUUGCUGGAUGCACACGGCAAGCCCAAUAACAACACUCCCCCGUCCUGGAAGAAGGAUUAUGUAGAUUACAGUAGCUCCGCGGUCAAGAAAGAGGUAAAGCAAGAAGUUGCCCAAGUGGAGCCAGAAAGAGCACCAAAGAGAAAGAGGGAGACGGAGAGUGAUGGAGAACAGGGAGAGGCGGCCUCGACUCCUUCCGAUUCUCCAGAGCCGCAGGUGGAGACCAAGAAAAAGAAGAAGAAAAAGAAAGAGAAGAAGAAGGAGUCUCCUGAGAGCAGCGAGGAUCAGACUGAAGUGGUCAGUGACACAAGCGUGAAAAAGAAGAAGAAAAAGAAGAAGAAGAAAGAGGAAGCGGAGGAGAGUUCAGAGUAACUCGAAAGACUUAUCCAGAUCUGUUGAAUAAGGAGAAAUGAAACCAGAACAGAAAUUCAGACUGGAUCAAUGAGCAGAGAAUUGUCCUAAUUGCUGUGCAAAAAAAAGUAUUGUACAGGUUGGGAGGGGGUUUAUUGUGGCAAGUCCUCCUGUGUCCUGUUCUAAGGAUACCUGGAGGCCGUUGAGGUAGCAAAACUCCUUGGCCCUCGAGGACUUCUCUAUGAGUCAAUGAUGCGAGCGUUUCAGGAUUUCUGAGAAUGCGUCAAUGUUGCCCUCAAUCAUGGCACACCUGAACCGUCCCCCAUCUCUCCUGCCAUUCAUUGUGUUCAGCUUGUGUGCUGAUGCAGGUAAAGGGUUGUCAAUGGCUGUGUGGAUAGGUUCUUAAUUGUGUAUGCCCUUCCCUUGUACUUGCCUUGACUAUCUUCAGUGAGUAUGUUCAAAGACAAGCCUCUCUUGAUGCCACUUUCCUGUGGUGUUUACCUUUUGAGAGUGCCCAGGGUCUCAUUUCCGUAACCUGUUCCUCACAAGCCACACUUUUCUUGGGCUGAGAGAGAUUUUCGAAAUGGUUCUUCAGUUUCUUAGCUUAAAGGGGAGCUGUGUAUAAGCAACAUUUGCCCAAUGACCCCUUGAUCUAGCCCACUUGGGGGAAUAUAACCUUUCCCCUUGUCUUGAGGCAAAUGCCUUGAGAAAGUUAGGGCUCUGUAUUAUGGUCGCAUAUUCAAUGUUGGGAGCUGUGUGCAUAUUGCGCUCGCAGUUUGGGGUGAUGUUAGCCAGGCCUUUAUUUUUCCCUCCAAUUGUAGACCAAUGUACCAAAGUUGGUUUUAAAAGGAGACACAGUUCUUAAUUUUUUACAUUAAAAGAUUGCAAAAUCUAA